AACGAUAGUGAUUGUCAUGUUAGCCGUGUGUGUUUGAAUGAAAAUAUUUUGAGUCACCCAGUGCGUGGAGUAGGCCGCAGAGCUCCCUUCCAGUUGAGUUCGCCUUCCCCUUUUCGAGCGCCUUUGAAAGGUCCACGGAACAUUGUCAUAGUCGACACGUAUCGAAGAGCAAGUCGAUGAAAGACUGACAUGUACCCGAGAACAAUAAUUGUUGCCGUUGUGACGUCCAGCCACAGUGAUCGGUACCUCUAGUACAUUUACCUGGAGUUCAGGGUCUCCCCUUCGAAAAGUGAGCUGGGUGACCCGAGGAGGUGUUUGGUGCGGGUGCCUGGAACACCCUGGGAUGGAUAUUGUCGAGCCGGAGUUCACCAAGACACUACCUUCGGACCUGUGACAGCACAAGUUAAAAGUCCUUCAGCUCCAUCUCUCCAUCUCUGCACACCUGCAUCUCUCCAUCUCAACCACCAGCGUACUAAUGAUUACGUCCUCAAUGAGUUCCGAUGACGUCAGAGGGGCGGAGGGAUCUCCGCAGCUAUUUCUCGCUCGCCCGGUCCGGUGCACGCAUUGCUCCACAAUCGCUGCUCUCACAAGAUGAAGCCAGAUCGGCGUCAGCGGAAGUGGAAGCCACAACCACCACUAGAUUCUCAGCACCACCACCAUCAUCAUCUGAAGCUGGCCAGCAGAGCGGUAGAGGUGUGCCCAAGGAAAACACUAUUACUGAUGGACCUGAGGACCGGGACAAUGCGCACCGUGGAGCGCCACAGUCCAAGCUGCCUAGGGAGCGCCGCACCAGCCGAAGAGAGCGCUGGACGCAUGCAAUCAUGACAGUGAUUGGUCACAGUCGAGGCAACCCGGUGUUGCUGGAAGAUGGUCAAGACAGCCCUGGUUGUCAAUCGCCGCUCAUCCAAGCGGCACAGUCGAACGACGUGCAGAUGUUUCAGCGCUCGCUGAGCACUACUCGUGUGAGCGCGGUGACGCAGAAUGCCGCACGGGUGCUGGAGUUGGCGGCAGUCCACGGAUACGUCAGCAUGGUCAAGGAGCUGCUGACCUACUUGCAGGCACACCUCCCCGAGCAGCACCUGAACGAGUUCCUGACCAAGGUGCGAGGACGAGGAGGCUUGCAUCCCGUGCACGUUGCCGCUCAGAGAAACCGCACGCAGGUGCUGGACCAGUUGCUGAGCACCACACCAGCCCUAGGAAUGCUGCAGUCCGAGCAAGGUCUCUCAGUAGCUCACUACGCCGCUGCUUCAAACUCGGCCGAUGCACUCGAGUGCAUUAUCAAUCAUGCCAUCAAGGCGGGUAACCUGUCCGACGUCCUGGACCAGACAGCACACACCGGUGCUACACCUCUGCAUGUUGCCGCAUUGGCACACAGCCAGCAGUGUUUCAAGGUGCUGAUCGAGAAUGCAGCGGAUAUAUCUCGUGUUGACGAGAGCGGUGAAACAUCGCUGUUCUCACUGCUGUCUGGAGAUCAAGUCGACCUGCUGCAGUUUGUCAUGGAGUCGUGUUCCGACAGCGUACCCACACCGGGGGCUGAUCAUACUCGAUGUGCUGCACACGUUGCCAUGGAGUCGGAUCGGGGCUUCUCGACGGUUGUCAUGACGACAAACUGCCAUGGCGACACUGUUCUGCAUUGUGCUAUCUCCAAAGGAUCGGUGCGCUGUGCAAAGCUGCUCUUUGAGAAUUGUCCCCAGCUUCUCCUGAGCGGCAACAGGGAGCUGCCCAUCAACACCUGCAUCCGCACACGGUCUGAACCGCUGCUGCGGCAUCUGCUACCGCUGACACUUGACCAGCUACAGGAGGUUGAGCAGAAAGAGCACAGUAUGCCUAGAGAUCAUUUGGUAUGUGGCGGUGGAGAUGGUGCUGGUCCUCGUGUGAGUGAUGCUGGUGGUCCGUGUGGGAGCGUGGCUGGAGUUCUCCUGGAUAGUCGACAACGCUCCUUGCUGCACGGUGCGGCGAUGUCCGCCAGCCUGCCUAUCCUGGCGGCUUUGCUCGAGCACUGCCGAGAGAAUGCAGCACAUCGUCAGCUGAUUGGCUGCGGCCUGCCCAUGGAUGAUCACGGUCACACGGCACUGUUCUAUCUCGCCUGGAUUGGCUCAUUGCAGGCCAUCAAGUUGCUACUGGAGCAUUGUCAUGGUAACGACUGUCUGUUCGACAUCCAGACAGCUCUGCUCAACGUCAGCUCUGACGGCAGAACGGCCUACUUCCUUGCUGCACGGAACGGUCAUUGGCGAUUUUUGCAGUGUAUUUUGGAGAUUGGCAACAGUGCGCUGUCAAGCUGUCUGUCAAGAUGUGUGUGUGUGAAUACGGCUGACAAACAUGGAGUAACCCCACUGCAUGCGGCAGCCAUGCACAAACGUGGCAAGUGUGUCAAGAUCCUGCUUCGCAAUGGUGCCGAGAUCACCAG